CAUCCUCUUCAAUUACACCUAGAAUGCUGUGGCAGACACUUUGCCGAUUUGGUCAAAAGCUGGUACGCAGACGUACACUGGAGCCAGGCAUGGCUGAGACUCGCCUUAUCAGAUGCCUGAAAAUUUUGGAUUUAGUGGCCCUGGGUGUGGGCAGCACUUUGGGUGCAGGUGUGUACGUCCUGGCUGGUGAGGUGGCCAAAGAUAAAGCAGGACCAUCCAUUGUGAUCUGCUUUUUGGUGGCUGCCUUGUCUUCUGUGUUGGCUGGGCUGUGCUAUGCAGAGUUUGGUGCCCGGGUUCCUUGCUCUGGUUCUGCAUAUCUCUACAGCUAUGUCACUGUGGGUGAACUCUGGGCCUUCACUACUGGCUGGAACCUCAUCCUGUCCUAUGUCAUUGGUACAGCCAGUGUGGCCCGUGCUUGGAGCUCUGCUUUUGACAACCUGAUAGGAAACCACAUUUCCCAGACCUUGCAAGGGAGCAUCUCACUAUAUGUGCCUCACAUCCUUGCAGAAUAUCCAGAUUUCUUUGCUAUGGGCCUUGUUUUGCUGCUCACCGGAUUACUGGCUCUGGGGGCUAGUGAGUCGGCCCUGGUUACCAAAAUGUUCACAGGGGUGAAUCUUUUGGUUCUUGGCUUUGUCAUCGUCUCUGGCUUCAUUAAGGGAGACCUGCACAACUGGAAGCUCACUGAAGAGGACUAUGAAUUGGCCAUGUCUGGACCCAAUGACACCUAUAGCUUGGGCCCUCUGGGGUCUGGAGGAUUUGUGCCUUUCGGCUUCGAGGGGAUUCUCCGUGGAGCAGCUACCUGUUUCUAUGCAUUUGUUGGUUUUGACUGUAUUGCUACCACUGGGGAAGAGGCCCAAAAUCCCCAGCAUUCCAUCCCCAUGGGCAUUGUGAUUUCGCUCUUCGUCUGUUUUUUGGCAUACUUUGGUGUCUCCUCUGCACUCACACUCAUGAUGCCUUACUACCAGCUUCAACCUGAAAGCCCCUUGCCUGAGGCUUUUCUUCAUAUUGGAUGGGCCUCUGCCUACUAUGUUGUGGCUGUUGGCUCACUCUGUGCUCUUUCUACCAGCCUCUUGGGGUCUAUGUUCCCCAUGCCUCGGGUGAUCUACGCAAUGGCAGACGAUGGCCUCCUCUUCCAUGUCCUUGCCAGGAUCCACACCAGCACACACACUCCCAUCGUGGCCACUGUGGUCUCUGGCAUUAUUGCAGCAAUCAUGGCAUUUCUCUUUGAACUCACUCAUCUUGUGGACCUCAUGUCAAUUGGGACCCUGCUUGCUUACUCUCUGGUGGCUAUUUGUGUUCUCAUCCUCAGGUAUCAGCCUGACCAAGAGAUAAAGAAUGGGGAAGGUGAAGUGGAAUUGCAAGGGGAGAAGAUACCUGAAGCAAAGAAGUUGACUCUACAAGGACUAUUUUGCCCAUUCAGCUCCAUUCCAACUCUACUCUCUGGCCAAGUUGUCUAUAUCUGUUCCUCCCUGCUUGCUCUACUGCUGACUGUCCUAUGUCUGGUGCUGGCCCAGUGGCCCAUUCCACUGCUUUCUGGAGACCCAGUAUGGAUUGCACUGGUUGUGGUGCUCCUGAUGCUCAUUACUGGUAUAACUGGGGUCAUCUGGAGACAGCCACAAAGCUCUAUUUCUCUUCACUUCAAGGUUCCUGCUUUGCCUUUUCUCCCACUAGUGAGCAUCUUUGUGAACAUUUACCUUAUGAUGCAAAUGACAGCUGGCACCUGGGCCCGAUUUGGGGUCUGGAUGCUGAUUGGAUUUGCUAUCUACUUUGGCUAUGGGAUCCGGCACAGCCUGGAAGAGGUUAAAAGUGACCAACCCCCUCCUAAGUUUAGGGCCAAAACUGUAGAUCUUGCUCUCAGUAGUCCCUGUGCCCACUCAAUUUGACAUAAUCACACCUGACUGCUGUCUGGUCCCCCUGCACAAUAAUGAAGAUGAUGCCUCCUGACCCCAGUCAGAGUUAGGCCUCCAUAGGAUAUUGGUAGGGACACUAAUAGAACUCUGUAUUUAUUCGAGUUAAGGAUGUGUCUUUGUGGUUCUCGUCUACUUUUUUUUACUUGUCUAUUUUUUUAUUGUGCCUAUAAUUUCUUAUUAGCUUUAAAUUAUUAUUAAAAUAAAGUA